AUGGGCCAGGACAGGCCGCCCCGCGGCCAGCGCAGGCAGGGGGGGCCGCCGGCCGGGAGCGCCCCCGGACCCGACGACAUGGGGCCGAAGAAGGGCCAGGGGCUCCCCAAGGAGUGCGGGGAGGAGGAGGCCCGGACGUGCUGCGGCUGCCGGUUCCCGCUGCUGCUCGCCCUGCUGCAGCUGGCCCUGGGCAUCGCCGUGACCGUGGUGGGCUUCCUCAUGGCGAGCAUCAGCCCCUCCCUGCUAGUCAGGGACACUCCAUUUUGGGCUGGGAUCAUUGUCUGCUUAGUGGCCUACCUUGGUUUGUUUAUGCUUUGUGUCUCAUAUCAAGUUGAUGAACAGACAUGUAUCCAGUUUAUUAUGAAACUGCUGUACUUUCUGCUGAGCGCCCUGGGUUUGAUGGUCUGUGUGCUGGCCGCAGCCUUUGCUGCCCACCACUAUACACUGCUCAACCGGGUUACCUGUGAGACUGCACUCGACGCCUGCCACUGCAAACUGCCCACCUCCGAGCCCCUCAGCAGGACCUUUGUGUACCAGGAUGUGACUGACUGCACCAACAUCACUUUCACUUUCAAAGUGUUCUUACUCACCCAGAUGAUUCUUAACUUGGUGUCUGGCCUUGUGUGCCUAUUGGCCUGUUUUGUGAUGUGGAAGCACAGGUACCAGGUCUUUUAUGUGGGUGACAGGAUGUACUCCCUCACAACUUCUGAAGGCCAGCAGCAAAAAGUCUAA